AUGGUAAAAAUUAGUUUUGGACUAUCCAAAAGUACCCAAAAUGAAAAGGAAACCACAAAAGUUAGUAAUAAAUUGUCAAAUGUGUUCUCUAAAGCAGAUGUAGUUGCGGAAAAGCCAGUAAAAAAGCAAUUUAUUACUGAAUUAUCGACCAAUGAUAUUAAUCUGAAUGAUGAAGACGAUGAUGAACUCAGAAAAUAUGUAAUACCUUGUAAAAACAGCCUUAAGGAUUUGAAAACGGAAGUAAAGGAAGAAGUAAAACAGAAAGUGAGUGAAUUAAAAUAUGGACUAAACGUAUUAUUUGAGGAAGAUAGUGAAUUGAAAUUAAAAUCAAAGGUAGAAGAAGAAGCUGGUUCCUAUAACACACAUGAUAUAGAUAAGCCAGUUGCAACAUCGGAGAAUAAAGAUGAGGAAAUCGCAAAAUUAAUAAUAGAGGAAACAAAUCGCAAAAGACUACACGAAGAGUUGUUCGGUACAAAUGAUUUGGUAGUAAAAUCGCAAAAAAUAACCCCAAUAUUGCUGAGGUCCAGGUUGAACACAGCCAGUAACACUGAAACGCCCGGUAGCACCAGUAACCAAGAAGAUGAUAGCCAAGAGAAGGAAGGUGGAAGUGGCAGUGGUGCUUAUGGUGGUGAUGGAGGAGGAGGAAGUGCUAGGGGUAAGGAUGAAGGGCGCACGAAUUCAGAAGAAAAAGAUAGAGCCGAGGAAGAAGUUAACAUAAAGAAGCUGCUAGAAGUGAAGAUGGACCAGUACGAGAAUGUGCCCGUGGAAAAAUUUGGAUUGGCAAUGCUAUUGGGGAUGGGCUUUGACCCAAAAAAAAAUAAAAAUGAACCUAAAGUGUAUAAAAGAAGAGUCUUCGAUAAGGCAGGACUGGGAGCAGACACAGUGAUGAAAAGUAACAUGGAAAGUAUAAUGGAUACGAAACUAAUGGCAAAACUGAAAAGAAAUCACAUAUAUAACAUAGGGGAAGGAACAGCAACGACAGUAAACUGGACGUUACCAGGAAUAUGGGUGAAAGUGACAGACAAGAACCACGAAGAUUAUAAGAAGAAGGGACUGGUCAAAUCAGUAAAAAAUAACAUGGUAAAAGUGAUAAUAGAAGGAAAAGAAAAGGAUAUCAAUUUUAAGUACCUGGAAACAGUAGUAUCGAAAGAAGGAAAGUUGCACAAAGUAGUGAGAAGAAUACCCAUGAGAAGUAAGAAGGAAUACAUAGAAAUAGGAACAUUGGUAAAAUUAAUAGAAAAAAAAGAAGAUGCCGCAAAAAUAAUAUAUGAAAAGGAAGAAUUGACAGUAUCACUAGAUUCAAUAUCACAAGUGUCAGAUUAG